CUUGAGACUGCCGUCAACGACGUCUAUGAGGCCGUGGUGGAAAACGACGAAGAUUACGACAACGAGGAACACAACGAGGACGUGGUGUGGCUCCGCGAGCAGCGCUCCCUCAACAAGGGCACCCACUGGUCCAGACGUCCGUCCGUGUUCAUGAUCAGCGUCAUCGCCUUUUUCCUCGCGUUGGCCAACACCGCGGGCGAGGGCAACCGCCAGAUCAUCACCCUCCAGUUGUGCUGCAACUACAUCUCACGCUACUCGCUGGACGGUCACUGCAGUCCCGUCGACGUCCAGUCGUUGAUGUCCAAUUUGCAGAUCGCCGUGUCGUUCGUGGUGUCGUGCAUCACCUUGGUAGCGGCCGGAAAGGUGGGACCCAUGUCAGACCAGUACGGGCGCAAGGUAUUCUUGGCUCUCUUGUUGGUGAUGUUUUUGGUGGGGCGUCUGUUGAAAUUGUGGGUGAUGUCGCACUUUGAGGUGUUGCAAUUUGGCCUCAUGAUCGCCUGCGAUCUCAUAGGCAAUAUCGGAGGAGGCAUCAUGUGCAUCUCGGCCUUGGGCAGCUGCUACGUCACCGACGUGGUGGAACCCCACGAACGAAUUUAUAGCCUUGGGCUUUUUCUCGCUGCGCUUCUCUGUGGCUUGAGUGCAGGGCCCUUGGUGGGUAAUCUCAUCAACUCGUGGGCCUCCAAGAUCGAUACUGUCCAUGUGGGCAAUGAGCUCGUCUCCCGCGCAGUGGACACUGCCAACUCCAUCAACAAGCGCGACUUUCUCCCCAUGAAAUUCGAGCUUGUGCUCCUCUUCACCUUGUGCUUGUUCUGCGUGUUCGUGUUGCCAGAAUCCAGGUCUGAACGCGCCAGAAAGAAGUCCAGAUCGUUGUCCAGAUCCGAGUUGCGCCUGUUGGCCGUCCCCAGUGACACCACCAGCUCGGUGUUGGGGUUCUUGCGUGCCAUUAAUUUCCUCCAUCCGUUGAGAUUGCUCUACGUGCCUGCGGAGUACAUUCCUUCCAGCGAUCCCAAACGCAUCAGAAACACCAGAAUCGCUGCCCUUCUCUUGGUGGUCAUGGACAGCGCCAUGGGAGCGUUGGUGUUCAGUUUCCUUGAAAUCUUCAUUUUGUACGGAAUUUACCGCUUCAACUGGGACCAGCGCGACGUGGGCCACUUGAUCACCUUGCUCUGCGGCACUAGGGCGUUCACGUUGGUCAUCUUGUCGCCGCUCAUCAACCACAACGUGUUCCAGAAGCGCAUGAAGCUCCGGGUGUUGAAGAACCAGUUCGACAUGGUAGACUUUGCCAUGGCGUUCACCGGCUUCAUAACCGACGCCUUUGGCUACUUGAUGAUCGCUUUUGCACCCACCAAGACCUCCAUGUUCAUUGCCGUGUGCUUGUCGUGUUUAGGUUCCAUGAUUUCCCCUACACUCUCCUCCGCCAUUCCCAAGUUCUACCCUGACUCCAAGAUCGGCGAGGUCUAUGGUGCUGUUGCCUUGUUGAAGAACUUGCUCAGUUUAGUGACACCCUUGGCGUUGCUUUCACUCUAUAAGUGGUCAUUGAAGAAGGGGUUCCCCAACUUGGUCUUUUUCGUCAUCACUGCCUUCUUG